AAACAAAUAUUUUCAAACAGAAAUCGUCAGGUCUAUCUCCACGCCGCCUCACACACCGCACAGCAAUCGAUCAAGCGUAAUUUGUCACUGAAUUUGAACUGAAAGAAUCAAGUUCAUCAUCUCCUUUCAGUAUAUUUGGGCCAGAACAAAUGGUUAUCGCUAUAAACGGAGCAGAGCAGAUCCCUGCAGCAACAGAGUCCGUUGAGGAACUGCUUGAGGCUGCCCGCUAUGGUGAAAAUGAUGAUCUUAUAAGUUUAGAAUCUACUGGUGUAUCUCUUGAUUCUAAUGAUUCACAAGGCCGAACAGCACUUCACAUGGCUGCGGCUAAUGGACAUCUUGAUAUCGUCGGGUAUCUCAUCAGUAGAGGAGUGGAUGUUAAUGCUUCUAAUGUGGAGAACAAUACCCCUCUUCAUUGGGCUUGUCUCAAUGGUCAUGUUGAGGUAGUUAAGAAAUUAGUUCUAUCAGGUGCAAAUGUAAGCCUUCUAAACAGCCAUGAACGAACUCCAAUCGACGAGGCUCUAAGCAUGGGAAAGAUGGAUGUUAUAGAUGCAAUUAAUGCCACAAUAGUAGAAUUGGAGCUUACUGGUGUCAAUGUUUCCUGAUAUCAAGCCUCCUAAGAGAAGCAUCUAUCUAUAUUCCGAAAAGUAUGCUUCUUUUCUUACACAAACUAAUGAGUAAGGUUAUAAAUAUAAUUGUUUUCCUCUUAUGUUCCUGUUACUAGAAAAUUUUGUUGAUUGUAAUAAUGGCCCUUUGUGGGUGUCUUUUGACCUGUGCCAAAAUACUUGAUUCUCUAGCAGUGAUUUGAUGUAUGUUUUAACAAGAACUUUCAUCUCGCACUUUGCGACAGAAGCAUCCAAUUUAUGCUCGCCUAAA